AUGUACUUUGCUGCUGGUGGGUACAUCUCUGUCUCGACCUUCUCGGUGGGCUAUGUUCCUGUCGACCAAACCCUGAACGAGAACGGAUCUCGCAUCAAAGCCUGGCUCCCUGGGGUUGACUGGAAUCCUUCGCCCAACACUGUGAGGGCGUUUGUCAUCCUGCCGUCGAGGCACCUGGCGCGUCUCCUCUACGCCUGCGGCGCGCACGUCACCUUCGUCCACACCCAAUUCAACUACCGCCGCCUCGUCGGCGCUAAGGGCGAGGCCGCCGUCCGCCCGCCGUCCGCCACCGCAGCCCGCUUCCGCGUCGAGGUCAUCGAGGACGGCAUGUCCCUCUCCAUGCCGCAGCACGACGUGGCAGCCCUCGCCGACGCCGUGGGCCACAACUGCCCCGGCCCCUUCCGCGACCUGCUGAGGAAGCUCGCCGACGAGGAGCGCGCCGGGGCGCCCCCCGUCACCUGCGUCGUGGCGGACACGGCCAUGGCAUUCGCGGCAACCGCGGCCAGGGAGGCCGGCAUGGCGGACGCGGUCUUCUUCACGGCGUCCGCGUGCGGUCUCCUAGGGUACUCGCAGUUCCACGAACUGUUCAGGCGAGGGCUCCUCCCUCUCAAAGAUGGGAGCUGCUUGACCAACGGAUAUCUGGACACGCCGCUGGACUGGGUGCCGGGGAUGAAGAACAUGCGGCUCAGGGACAUGCCGACCUUCUGCCACACCACGGACGCCGACGACACCCUGGUGAACGAGAUCAUUGGGCAGAUGAAGAGCGCCGUCGGCUCCAAGGCUAUCAUCCUCAACACCUUCUACGAGCUCGAGAGCGAUGUGGUGGACGCGCUUGCCGCCAUCUUCCCGCCCGUAUACACCGUCGGGCCACUAGCCCAGGUCAUCGCCUCCUCCGGCGCCGCGAACGACGGCCUCGACGCCAUGGACAUCAGCAUCUGGCAGGAGGACCCGCGGUGCUUAACAUGGCUGGACGGCAAGCCGGACAAGUCGGUGGUCUACGUCAACUUUGGCAGCGUCGCCGUCAUGACGGCCGAGCAGACGCGCGAGUUCGCGCUGGGCCUGGCGACGUGUGGGUACCCGUUCCUGUGGGUGAAGCGACCUGACAUGGUAAACGGCGACGAAGUGGCGCUCCCGGAGGCGUUCCGCGACGAGCUGCAGCGCGGCGGGGGCCUGGUCGUGCCGUGGUGCCCGCAGCCGGCCGUGCUGAAGCACGCGGCGGUGGGUCUGUUCGUGACGCACUGCGGGUGGAACUCGCUUCUGGAGGCGGUGGUGGCCGGCCUGCCGGUUCUCGCCUGGCCGGUGUUCGCCGAGCAAACGACCAACUGCAGGCAGGUUCUUGAGUGCUGGCGGAACGGCAUGGCUCUUCCCGGGAAGGUGGAGAGCGGCGCCGUGUCGGGGCUGGUGAGGGAGAUGAUGUCCGGGGAGCUGGGGAAGGAGAAAAGGGCCAAAGCGGCGGAGUGGAGAGCUGCGGCCGAGGCGGCCGCCGUGGAAGGCGGCUCGUCGUUGCGCAGCGUCGCCCGACUGGUCAACGAUGUGCUGCUGCUCGGGAACAAGACGUUCGAGACCGCCCACGAGGCCGCCCGCGCGUAUGACGCCUCAACCGGCCAUCUCGCACCACCGCUGCGGCUAGUCACCGACGAGGACCGCCGCAUCCAGCAUAGGCGGGAGCGCCGCCUCCUCAUUGCUGAGGCGGACGAGUACGCCAUGGCGGAGUGGCGCCAGCACUUCCCGGAGGAUGUUGCCGCCGAGAACGACUUCUGGGUGUAG